UUUAUGAAGUUUUUAUCUGCCAGUGACAGGAUGUUUGUUCUGACACAGGUUAUUUAUAGGGCUAAACCUAGCAUCUGGUAAGACAAUUACUUGUUAGAUCCACAAAACUACAAAGUCCUCUCUUCUCUGGACUUUCAAUCUGUCUUUGCUGAAACAGCUUCUUUCCAACAAUUUUCAUCACAAACUAAAGGGCAAAACUCAUAGAAGAAAAAUCACCUCAUCUACUCUCUAAAAAAUCAACUGAGGGGCAGAAAAUCACGAGGUUGAGUAUCACUCGGUGGAAAUUUAGCUCUGUCUUUCAAUUUUGAAACUCAUAGGAGAUAUAGACCAGAAAAACGCCAACUUUUCAGACAAAUUUUCCCUCCACCAGAAUCACUCCGGUAGAGACACAGAGAACAGACUUCUUGUACUCCCACGAUGAAUGAGCCGGAGGUCACUUACUCAACUGUGAGACUUCAUAAGUCUUCAGGGUUGCAGAAAUUAGUAAGGCAUGAGGAGACUCAAGGGCCCAGAGAAGCUGGCAACAGAAAGUGUUCAGUAUCCUGGCAACUCAUUGUGAAAGCUCUUGGAAUCCUCUGUUUCCUUCUUCUGGUAAUAGUUGCAGUGUUGACGAUAAAGAUUUUUCAGUAUAGUCAACACAAACAAGAAAUCAAUGAAACUCUCAACCACUACCAUAACUGCAGCAACAUGCAAAGUGAUUUCAACUUAAAGGAAGAAAUGUUGACAAAUAAGUCUAUAGAUUGUAGGCCAAGCAAUGAACUUCUGGAUUACAUCAAAAGAGAACAGGACAGAUGGAACAGUGAAACCAAGACGGUUUUAGAUUCCUCACGGGACACAGGCAGAGGUGUUAAACACUGGUUCUGCUAUGGUACUAAAUGUUAUUAUUUCAUCAUGAACAAAACUACAUGGAGUGGAUGUAAAGCGAACUGCCAGCAUUACAGCGUUCCCAUUGUGAAGAUAGAAGAUGAAGAUGAACUGAAAUUCCUUCAACGCCAUGUUAUUCCAGAGAGUUACUGGAUUGGAUUGUCUUAUGAUAAGAAAAAAAAGGAAUGGGCAUGGAUUGACAAUGGCCAAUCUAAACUUGACAUGAAAACAAGGAAAAUGAACUUUAAGUCUAGAGGAUGUGUAUUUUUAUCUAAAGCAAGAAUAGAAGAUACUGACUGUAAUAUUCCCUACUACUGUAUUUGUGGGAAGAAACUGGAUAAAUUCCCUGAUUAACUUUCCAACCAGAGUUAAAGGUAAAAAUGGAAUGAGUUGAUCCUUAUUCGUUUCUUGUAAUAAUUCAUGACUCCAACAAACAAGUAUUUUGAUUACAGAACAAAGUCUGCUGUGAAGAGAAACAAAGCUGCAAGAACAUUGGGACUGUACUCUCCUAUCUAUCUUGACAGAACAGAGGUCAUUUUCUAUCCUGUUGGAGAGAGGACGCAUCUACUCGGGUGAAUGGGCUCGCUUUGCCCUAAAGCCUUCAGAAUUGUGUUCUUUCUGAUUUCUUAAACUCCCAUAAAACUGAAUAAAGAGUCCUCCCUAAAAUAACAGCCUGAAUUUCCAUUAAUGUUAUGACAAAUUGUUUUUGUUUGUUUGU